UACCUACGGGAGUUUGGAGAGCUGCAGGGAUGUUCGCCGCCGUGGAGCAUGGCCCUGUCCUCUGCAGCGACUCCAACAUCCUGUGCUUGUCCUGGAAGGGCCGUGUGCCCAAGAGCGAGAAGGAGAAGCCGGUGUGCAGGAAACGCUACUACGAGGAGGGCUGGCUCGCUACUGGGAACGGUCGAGGAGUUGUUGGGGUCACGUUCACGUCCAGCCACUGCAGACGGGACCGGCCGACCCCGCAGAGAGUGAACUUCAACCUCAGAGGACACAACAGCGAGGUGGUCUUGGUGCGAUGGAAUGAGCCCUUCCAGAAACUGGCUACCUGCGAUACAGAUGGAGGGAUCUUUGUUUGGAUCCAGUAUGAAGGCCGCUGGUCCGUGGAGCUGGUCAAUGACCGUGGAGCACAGGUGAGUGACUUCACCUGGUCCCAUGAUGGCACCCAGGCUCUGAUCUCCUACCGUGAUGGAUUUGUACUGGUGGGAUCAGUCAGCGGGCAGAGACAUUGGUCCUCCGAGAUCAACCUGGAAAGUCAGAUUACGUGUGGUAUCUGGACCCCCGAUGACCAGCAGGUGUUGUUUGGUACUGCAGAUGGACAGGUGAUAGUGAUGGACUGCCAUGGGCGCAUGCUGGCCCACAUUCUGCUGCAUGAGUCGGAUGGCAUCGUCAGCAUGUCCUGGAACUAUCCCAGUUUCCUGGUGGAGGACAGCAGUGAGAGCGACACGGACUCUGAUGACUACUCCCCUCCGCAAGUGCACAGCCAGAAACCUCUGCUGACAGUCAGCUUCACUUCUGGAGACAUCAGCCUGAUGAACAACUAUGACGACCUCUCUCCCACCCUCAUCCGCACUGGUUUGAAAGAUGUGGUGGUUCAGUGGUGCUCGCAGGGGGACCUCCUAGCAGUGGCGGGGAUGGAGAGGAUCUUCCUCUCCGCCGAGCCCUCCUGUCCUCCCACCACCCGGAGUGCACUUGUUAAGUUCUACAACGUUCGGGGUGAACACAUCUACACACUGGACACACCAGCACAGCGCCCUAUCACCACGCUGUGUUGGGGUCACCGGGACUCUCGUCUGUUCUUGGCGUGCGGCUCGGCGCUCUACGUGGUGCGAGUGGAGCACCGCGUUGCCAACCUGCAGCUGCUCUGCCAGCAGGGCAUCGCCACAGCAGUGAAGGAGGAGAAAGAUGUCGCCAAGCUCACCAUGCCUUCCCGCCUCUGUUCUUACGUCACAACUGCUUUUGUCCCUACCAUCAAGCCCCCCAUCCCUGAUCCCAACAACAUGCGAGAUUUUGUGAGCUAUCCAACAGCUGGAAACGAGCGCCUGCACUGUACCAUGAAGCGUACGGAAGACAACCCUGAGGUGGGGGGACCCUGCUACACGCUUUACCUAGAGUACCUAGGAGGUCUGGUGCCUAUCCUCAAAGGCCGUCGAAUAAGUAAACUGCGUCCAGAGUUUGUCAUUAUGGACCCCAAGACAGAUGGGAAAACAGAUGAGAUGUACGGCAACAAUCUGAUAUCUGCCAUGAUUGACAGCUGUAACUGCUCAGACUCCAGUGACAUUGAGCUGAGUGACGACUGGGUUGGCAAGAAAUCUCCAAAGAUAUCCAGGGGUAGCAAAUCCCCCAAACUGCCAAGAGACUUAGUUUGUCCCUUUACCAACAGGAUCAACAUUGAUCCCAGAAAAUCGCCCAAGCUCUCCCGCGCUACACAAGAGAUAGCCAGGUCACCACGGUUACCUAUACGGAAACCCUCAAUUGGGUCACCCAGUCUAACACGGAGGGAAUUUCCUCUAGAUGAUAUCACUCAGCAAAAUUACCUUGCUCAGGUCACAUCCAAUAUUUGGGGAACAAAGUUCAAGAUUGUGGGACUCUCCACAUUCUUGCCAACUAAUCUUGGUGCAGUCAUCUAUAAGACAAGCCUCCUUCAUCUACAGCCCAGGCAGAUGACCAUCUACCUGCCAGAGGUGCGUAAAAUCUCCAUGGACUACAUAAAUCUGCCGGUCUUCAGCCCCAAUGUCUUCAGUGAGGAUGAAGACGACCUGCCUGUCACAGGCCCUGCUGGUGGCACCGAUGACAACCCGCCCUGCACUGUCAACAUACCUAUUGCCCCCAUCCACAGUCCCGCCCAGGCCAUGUCCCCCGCCCAAAACAUUGGUCUGGUCCAGUCACUCCUAGCCAAUCAAAAUGUUCAGCUGGAUGUCCUAACUAAUCCCACAGCAACCCCUGCUGGGGCCGCCGCUGGUGGGUCAGACCAAAGCCAGGACAACAUCCUGACAGCCCAGUACACAGUUCCCACCAGGUACUCCAGUCCUGGUCAGGUCAUCUUUGGGGGUCUAGAAAUUAAUCGCCUAAUGGUGGGGCCCCCACCUUCCCAUCAUCCUUCACAACAACAACAGCAGCAACAACAACAACAACAACAACAACAGCAGCAACAACAACAACAACAACAGCAGCAGCACCAUCAACAGCACCAUCAACAGCAGCAUCAACAGCAGCAUCAACAACAGCACCAACAACUACAACACCAACAACAAAUUCAGCACCAGCACCAUCAGCUUCAGCAGCAACAGCAACUCCAACAGCAGCAGCAGCAGAUACUCCAGCACCAACACUUACAACAGCAACAGCAACUUCAGCAACAGCACAUUCAGCAGCAGCUCCAACACAUGCAGCAGCAGCAUCAACAUCAGCUCCAGCAGCACAUACAACAACAGCAACAACUACAACAGCAACAUCAACAAAUUCAGCAGCAACUGCAGCAACAAAUACAUCACCAACAGCACACACAGCAGCAGCAUCAGAUGCAACAGCAGCACCACCAUCAGUUUCAGCAGCAGCAGUUUCAGAUUCAAAUCCCUGUUUCCGCCAUGUCAUCAGGACAGCUGUCGGGUGCAGCUGUGCACCAGCUCCAGCAGGGGGCACUGCAGAUACAAAUCUCUCAUCCACCGGUGGAAUUGGUGGUUGAGAGAGCAGUGGGGGGUGAGCACGAGCACCUAUUGAAAAUCAAAACCACCCGGUCAACUCCACAGCUGGCUGAGGGUGAUACAGUGGUGUUCAGUGCCCCUCUAGAGCUCAGCAAGAUGAACCCCCCACCCCCUUACCCCGGAACAGUGGCUGCUGCAGUGGCUGCCGCUGCUGCUGCUGCUGCAGCAGCCACAGCAGCAGCCUCCGCUGCAGCCUCCAAUCCUGCAACAGGAGGGAGCACCAGUGGGACUCCUCCCCCUGGUGACCUUUGUCUGAAGAAGGGAGAGUUAUCACUUUAUCUUUCAGGUCAGCAACAAGCGCAGUACCCCACACCACUGGGAUAUGAGAGGAUAACAACAUUUGACAGCAGUGGGAAUGUGGAGGAAGUAUGUCGUCCUCGAACGCGCCUUGUCUGCAAUCAGAAUGUCUACACACUCCAGGGACCUGGCAGCUCUGCCACUCUCAGGGUCACCUCAUCAUCAUCAUCCUCCUCCUCCUCCUCAGCUGACAAGAAGAUCCAGCUGCCCUACACUUCUGCAACACUCAACAGACUCACUGCACCUCGCUAUUCCAUACCCAGUGGAGACCCGCCCCCAUACCCAGACCCAGCCAAUCAGAACAGUGCUGUCGGCAGAAACUCUGGACAGAGGCUUGACAGCAGUCUGAUCCAUGCCACUCUCAGGAGGAACAGCCGAGAGGCCGCUCUCAAAGUUUCCCAGAUGCUGGAGCCGCCCAGACCAUUGCCUCCUAAGGCUAAGAAUAAUAGUGCACUAGCAGCCUCGUUCCAGCAGAGGGUGCCAACGGCCUUAUACACCUGCAGUCAGUGUAGCAGUGGAUCUAGUGUUGGAAGCACUGCUGCAGGGAGCACUAACGGAAUAGCAGGAGGAACUAUUAUCAGACAGGAUUUCCCUCCAGGGAAUGGGGCACCACACAGCACAGUUAUUGUUCACUCCAACAGCACUACUCCUCUGGCCUCCCAGUCCUCGUACAGCUUGCUGAGCUCUCUUGAAGGAUCUGGUUCUUCAGUAGGAGGAGGAAGUAACAGAGACAGGGUUGAUUAUGUUAAUUCAGCAUUUACUGAGGAUGAAAUCCUGAACCAGUCACUGAGGAAUCUGGCGCUAGGGGGAAAUGAUGCACCAGGGCUGGUUGUCAAACGCCCACCUCCCUAUCAGUGGGAUCCAGCUGCCACUGAGGAGGUGUGGGUUCCUCAGGAACGGACAGCACCACUGAAUUCCAAUGGACCCCCCGGACCCCACAAACCACCCCCACUUAUUCUUAGCCCAGCUCAGCACUUGGAUGUGUCCAGACUGCCUUUUGUCCUUUCUCCAAAGUCCCCCACCAGCCCCAGUGCUGCAUCAUUUCAAGCUGCUGCAGCAGCUGCAGGCUACCAAAUCUCUCUCCAGUACCCUCCAACAACUUCCUAUUCUGGAACCCAGCUACAGCCCAUGCCAGGCUCACCACGCCCCUGCUCCUCCCCAAAGGAGAUGGUGGCACCUGUACCAUUCUCGCAACAGGAUGCAACCCUUGUAUUGCCUCCUGGUUACUCUGCAAACCUUGCAAACCUAGCCUGUUGCCCACUCCCACCCAUGUAUCCAGGAGGAAGUGCUUGUUCCGGGCUCCCCAUUCCCCCUAUUUCCCUUCACACUCCUUGGGGUACGUAUAAUUCUUGCCCGCCUAUGCCCAGUCCUGCAGUGCCACUACCACCCAAAGCCUCUCACAUGGCAGUUGACAAAAAAGUUAUUUCGCCGCCGCCUCCUCCUCCUCCACCACCCCCACCGCCGCCGCCAGCAGAGCUGCAGAGCCAUGGAGGUUUACAAGAGGCCAUGGCAGAGGCUGGGGAAGGUUUUCAGGAGGUGCUCUCCUUGACUGAGAGCCCUGUUCCACAGCGGUCUGAGAAGUUCAGCAAGAAGAAUCGCAAGCGUGUUGAUGGGCGUGCUGAGGAGGCUAACGUGCCACCUUUGGCUGAAGGGAGCAAGUUGAAAAAGGAGGGCCGAGCUUUAGGUGAUUUCAACUCGCUCAUCUCUAGUCCGCGGCUGGGAGGAAGGGACAAGAAGAAGAUUAAGGGACAGAAAGAGCAGCAGUUGAAGACCAAGAAGCUGAAUAAGGCUACUGCCAAUAGUGAGUUCCAAGACAGUUCAGAAAGUGAGCCGGAGCUGUUUAUCAGUGGAGAUGAGCUGCUCAAUCAGUGCCAGAGUGGUAAGAAGGGCUGGAAGAGUAAGAGGAACUUGAGGGCUGCCAGUGAACUGGAUGAGAUCAAGUGUCGAAAAGCCAACGAGAAGGAGGACCGAGGGCUGGGCAGCCAGGGUUUUGUCUAUGUCAUGGCCAACAAGCAGCCACUGUGGAAUGAAGCCACGCAGGUCUACCAGCUGGACUUUGGUGGGCGUGUCACACAGGAGUCUGCCAAGAACUUUCAAAUUGAACUGGAGGGCAGACAGGUGAUGCAGUUCGGCAGGAUUGAUGGCAAUGCCUACAUUCUGGACUUUCAGUAUCCCUUCUCUGCUGUGCAGGCAUUUGCAGUGGCUUUAGCCAAUGUUACUCAACGCCUCAAAUGAGAUGUCCCCUCCCUGUUUACCCUGAGUUAUAUCUGGGAUUUCAAACGCAAUCAGUUGAAGGGACACAGUUGUUUCAUUUGAGAUUAACAAACUUUGAUUUUGAAGAGACUUAAAUCAGCCCUGGUCAUAGAGAGAGAGAGAUACAAUCAUGCUGCACUACACAAUGCUGCCACUAGAGUUGGUGCAAGCAGCAGAUUUGCUCCGUUUGGCAGUCAGGGGCACCUUGCAAUGCAUGUAGGGCCAAAGCGCUGAACUUUGGUAAACAUCAUGCAAAUAAAUGCUGCUUUAGCUAGAAGAAGCUUAUAGACAUGAUAACCGAUGGGUUAACUGAGAGAAGAAUUGUCGAGGUGCAGUUUUCAAAAGAAGAAGCAGCAGUAAUACUUGAAAACCACACUCUGGAGAUCACCGUUGUGUUUUUCCUAGAGCGCACAGGUACUACUGGGCACUGAAAUCCAUUGCUGUACAAACUUCAGUGAAACAGUUACCACUUUAUUAUACUGCUUUUGCUUUUAGGAUUUUAUUAAAUGACUAAACAUCGUGGAGGGUCUUUUUGUUUUUGCUCUCUGCCAUUCCUUUUGUUACUGCUGUCUCAAUCCAUCUUGGUUGGAAUUGAGGCUUAUAGAUAUAUGCAUCAUUUAGGAGCACUGCUAAGAGGUCACACGUUUCACUGUAGUAAAAGGUGUGUCACUGUUAAAAACUUGGGGAGGUCAAGUAGUACACAUGAAGUGUAAUAGAUAAGUUGAACUGCAGUCUUUUCCAUAUAUUUUCCUGGGACUUUGAAGGAAGAAGUGUUACUCUGCUACAUGGAUUAAUUUAUAUGUACAUUUCCUUAUCUAUUCAGAUGUGAAUUUUAACAUUAUUGUCAUUGUUUGAUAUACAAUCUUCACACCAAGUCAACAUUUUCAACUUACCUGCUUUAUUUGGGAGAACUGGUGGCUGAAUUUGAACAUUGCCGUGUAGUCUGGGGUGAUGGUGGAAGGGGUGUACGGAAUAGCUUUGACUGAUAUGUCCUGCACUUAGUGAAAUAUCUACAUACGGUGACACAGGUGCAAAAGAAGUCGCCAAGGCCUGGAUGGAACAACUUAACCUCUGGCAUGAAGGGAUUUGUCACCUGCUGUCACUUCUGUGAAGUGAGUGUGUAGUUGGGGUGGGGGGCGCUGUCCCUGCUCUUUAAGACCACACUAAUCAUGUAAGCAAGGUACAGGAAAUAUUUUUAUAUAUUUCACCUAUGCCAUUUCAUACUCUUUUCAGAAGUCAUGUAAAUACAUAUGAGUCAUAUGUAAAUGUUGUAAAGAGACUUUGACAGAUGUCUGUUUACACCUGUUUUCACUGUGUUUGAAGUGUAAUUUUAGGUGUGGAGCGACGCCCUAGAACUGUUUAACUCAACAGCUACAACCAUGAAAAAAAGUUAACAGUUAAGCUGAAAUCAUUGCCGCUGAAUCUUUGAAAUCAGAACUCCAAUGAGGGAUGAAGCUAUUGACAUCUGUUCAUUUAAUAAGCUGACACUGAAAUCUGAAAAGCUGUUUUUUAUUUUUUUUUCCAGGUAGAUAAGCUUGUAUUUGUGUUGAACUAAGGACACAGAGCGGAGCCAGCUGAUAGGAUAGGUUUUUAUCUGUAUACGAUGAUAGUAAAAAAACAUCUAAAAAGGGUAAUAUUAGGCAGGUGUGACUAGGGUCACCUCUAACCUUUGUGCCAAAAUAUGCAUUUGCUAAAAUUUAUAGUUGAAACAAAUGGGCCUAGAGGGAAGUGUAACCUAAUUCGUGAUAUAAAAAAAAGCCAUCUCUUUGGACCUGCUCUGUUUUGGUCACAGAAUUGAUGAGAUUAUUAAACUUUCUUGUGUGAUCUUUCUGUAUUGCAACCAAAGACAUCUGUCAGAUGGGUGUUGUAGAGAUGCGGAUUGAAAAAAAUUAUCUCAAAUAGUCUCUUAUGAUCCUAAAAAAGGAAGAGAACAUGAUCAUGCAUGUCAUAAAGAAAAUAUCCAUCUUUCUGUGUUAGUUGUGCAAUAUUUUCUUUUGGGGGGAAAAAAAAAGUCCUUUGACCACAGUUUGAUACCAUUCUUUUAGUUCUGUAAAUUUUAUUUAUGAGAUUUCCUGAAGGAGAUAUAGUAUCUAUAUAUACUGUAUAUUGUGGAGUUUUCUGAACAUUUCUUUGUGUUGAUAAAUUUUGUGUAGCCCAAAUUGUAAGAUGGGCUUUGGUCGGGGGGGGGGGGUUGGAACGGGCAGAUUUCAGGUUUUGUGAAGUUGCAUUGGAUGGGAAAGAUGAGAAUGAGUAAGUGCCCAGUUUAGUGUAGUUGGUAGACUAGUUAUGUAGAGUGUAACUGUCAAGUCAAGGUGUGUCUGUAUUCAACUGUGCAGUCUACCAAUCCCAUCAGUGUUAAAUCUAUUAUCUUUAAAUGUGUGUGGUCAUGGCUUCUUACACGUACACACACAUACACAAACAUCGUUCACACAAGUUCACAAGUGUAAGCCACUGAGUUCAUGUUAAGAAUUGCGUCUGGGCUUAAGUUAAGGAUUCACUUCAAACUGAUUUCAUGAGAUGGCCUGUUGUAGAUAAUGUAGGAUUUGGCUUUUCUUUAGAAAAGGUGUGUGCUUUGUAUUUGUAGAUGUAGACUUAAAUGACAAAAACACUUGAAAAGAGUCUGAUUUGGUGACUGAACGUUUAUAGUGAAUGGAUAGUAAGGCAUGCCAUGUAAAUUAUUUUAUAAUUGUAUAUGUCACGCAUCUUUUGAAUAAAAUGUCAUUGUUUUCCGAAAAA